AUGCCCACAGGGAGCUGUCUCUGCGGCAAGAUACAAAUCGCUUACACUGGCAGCCCUGCAUAUACGGCGCUCUGCUACUGCCAUGACGACCGUAAGAUCAACAACUUCACUGUUUAUCAGGUCCCGAAGAAGAACUUCUCCGUAACGCAGGGGGAGCCAAAGGUGUACACGAAGACAUCGGAUCACGGAAAUGACAUCAACAACCAUUUCUGCUCCACAUGCGGCACAACUCUUUUCCGAACGGGCGGCGAGCCAACAAUGAAGGACAACGUGGGCCUACGAGCCGGCGUACUGGAUGACCAAAGCAUCCUGGAUAAGCCACCCGCAAUAGAAGUAUAUGUCGAGAGACGACCACGGUGGAUCAAGCCGAUAGAGGGCGCUAUCCAACUGAACAGAAAUUAUGAGUUGGUAUCCUACUGGAGCUUAUGGGGGGUCUUGAUCGGAAGGGCUAAGCUUGCUUUCUUGAGCAUUUGGCCGUUCUAG